UUCCGCACUGGAGAAAAACGAGCCCCCAGAGCGUUUUCCGGCGGGAGCUGUGGCUCCUUAUCAUGGGGACAAUUCAUCUCUUUCGAAAACCACAAAGAUCCUUUUUUGGCAAGUUACUACAGGAAUUUAGACUUGUAGCAGCUGACCGAAGGUCCUGGAAGAUACUGCUCUUUGGUGUAAUAAACUUGAUAUGUACCAGCUUCCUGCUUAUGUGGUGCAGUUCUACUAAUAGUAUAGCUUUAACUGCGUAUACUUACUUGACCAUUUUUGAUCUUUUCAGUUUAAUAACAUGUUUAAUAAGUUACUGGGUGAUGAUGAGGAAACCUAGCGCUGUCUAUUCAUUUGGGUUUGAAAGAUUAGAAGUCCUAGCUGUAUUCGCCUCCACAGUCUUGGCACAGCUGGGAGCCCUCUUUAUAUUAAAGGAAAGUGCAGAACGCUUUUUGGAGCAGCCUGAGAUACACACGGGAAGAUUAUUAGUUGGUACUUUUGUCGCUCUUUCUUUCAACCUGUUCACAAUGCUUUCUAUUCGGAAUAAACCUUUCACUUAUGUCUCUGAAGCUGCUAGUACGAGUUGGCUUCAAGAGCAUGUUGCAGAUCUUAGUCGGAGCUUGUGUGGCAUUAUUCCAGGGCUUAGCAGUAUCUUCCUGCCCCGAAUGAAUCCAUUUGUUCUGAUUGAUCUUGCAGGAGCAUUUGCUCUCUGUAUUACGUACAUGCUCAUUGAAAUUAAUAAUUAUUUUGCGGUAGACACUGCUUCUGCGAUUGCCAUUGCCCUCAUGACAUUUGGCACUAUGUAUCCCAUGAGUGUGUACAGUGGCAAAGUACUGCUCCAGACAACACCACCCCAUGUUAUCGGUCAGUUGGAUAAACUUAUCAGAGAGGUAUCUACCUUGGAUGGAGUUCUAGAAGUGCGAAAUGAACAUUUUUGGACUCUAGGUUUUGGUUCAUUGGCUGGAUCAGUGCAUGUAAGAAUUCGACGGGAUGCCAAUGAACAAAUGGUCCUUGCUCAUGUCACCAACAGACUCUAUACCCUUGUGUCUACUCUGACUGUUCAGAUUUUCAAGGAUGACUGGAUUAGGCCUGCCUUGGUGUCUGGGCCCGUUGCAGCCAAUGUGCUCAACUUCUCAGACCAUCACAUAAUCCCAAUGCCUCUUUUUAAGACAGCUGAUGAUUUGAACCCUGUCACAUCGACUCCAACUAAACCUAGUAGUCCACCUCCAGAGUUUUCAUUUAACACCCCUGGAAAAAAUGUGAGCCCAGUUAUUCUUCUAAACACACAAACAAGGCCUUAUGGUACUGGUCUUAAUCAUGGACACACACCAUACAGCAACAUGUUGAAUCAAGGACUCGGAGUUCCAGGAAUUGGAGCACCCCACGGAUUCAGGACUGGUUUUACAAAUACACCAAGUAGAUAUGGAAGUAACAGCAGAAUUGGACAACCAAGGCCAUGAUGUACUGUAACUUACUUUUACGAGGAUUAUUGACUUUUGGCUUCCGGUUUAUUUAGUAAUCCAACUUUGCAUUGACUGUUGAAUUAUUUACACUAAAUGUUAAGAGUAUAGUGGGCUUGUUCACCUUUCAUGGAACCUAUAAACUCUAUUUUUGUAAAAUGUUUUUGUGGCAGUGAGAUCCUUGCAAAUGCUGCAGACUUUAAAUAGGCUUCUUUUAGAAAGUUUGUUUCUCUAGAUUUUAGUUUUGUUCUCUUUACUUUUGUAACUGCCUGCAAUGUGAUAAUACCUCACCUUUAUAAGAAAGCCUCUUGAUUUUUUUCAGUGAAAUUUAUAGACAUGCUUCAUGAAUAAUAUACAUAUUAGGAAAGGAAAGCAAUGUCAUUUUUAAAGUAAAAGUCUUUUAUAAUUUUUUCAGAUUUAAUUGCUACUUUUUUUUAGCUCCUCUUAAAUUAUACCUUUGUAUUUUGUUUUGGUUUUGUUGUAUUGUUGUUUGAGGCAGGGCUUCACUGUCAAGUUCAGACUAGCCUUCAAUUCACUUUAUAGUCCAGACUGGCUUCCAAUUCUCAGUAAUCCUCCUGCCUCAGCCUCUCAAGUGCUGGGAGUAUAGGGGGGGAACCACCAUUCCCAGCUCUGAAUUAUGUCUUGCAAAGUAUUAGCAAAUGUUUUUAUUAGAAAUUUUUGGACACAGUGUACUAUCUUAACACAAUUUAAAGGUCUUUUAAUUAUGUGGAUUUUUGUUAAAAUUUGUCACGUUCACAGAUUUCAACACAUUGGAUGUUGUCACUGGGGUGUUAGUGUUGGGGGGGCAGUUUUUUGGUCAUUGUUGUUUUUGGUCUUUUUGAGACAGGGUCUCACUGUGCUGUUAAGGCUGG